AUGAGCCGGAGGAACAGGAGCGGUCCUAAGCUCGAGUUGAAGCUGAACCUUUCGCCACCUCCUUCUCAAGGCGAGCAGAUGAGUAUGGUUCGGUCUCCAAGCAGAUCAAACACAGCUUCACCAAACUCAUGCGUUUCCUCUGAACCGAGCCAGGAGGAGAUGGAGACACCAAUCUCAAUGGUCCUCGUCGGUUGCCCUCGUUGCCUUAUGUACGUUAUGCUCUCUCAGGAUGAGCCCAAGUGUCCCAAAUGCAAAAGCACCGUCCUACUCGAUUUCUUCCAUGAAAACGCCUCAGUCGAUACAACCGCUCCCGCCGUCACCACUAAACGCAACAAGAGCUUAAUAACCAAUAUUUAA